UAUCCCAAACAAGCUUAUCCAGCAGCUCAUGGUCAGAAGUACAACAAUUACUGCAACCCGCGAAAGGCACCAACCUGCGCCAAAACCGGCACUGAAAUUUUUUGUCUGAAAGACACCGAAUAUCCGGCGAAAGAAGUCAAGUACGCCAUCGAUUACGACCCGUUGGUGCUCAAGAAAUACGCCGAUGUUUCCGAUCAGUCGGCCGAUAAUUUGGUCGAUGGACUGACCUCUUUGGCUGAGGCGCACUUCUACUACUCCAACUACAAAGGGAAAUUCUUCGAGAAGGGCCACUGGUCUGGUGACGAGGGAUACAUCUGCCCUAGCGACGUCGUUUAUGCUCGCCCACUCCGAGCAGUGAAUGUCGAUGGAGAAUGGCGGAUUAUCGUCCAAGAAAACGCCUGGCCUGGAUACACCCAGACUCAACGCGUCGAAACUUGUUUGUUCCCCGGUGCAUCUUGUCGCACCCUGGCUCCUUGUUUCGGCAGCAAAUGUCUGCAAACAUAUGUUUACCAGCGGAUGCUUUCCUUCGAUCCUUGUGAUCCUCAGAAGGGAAUCUUCAUCGACAUCUACAAGUUGCCAUCGGCCUGCUCUUGCCACAUUCCCGAGUUGCCACGCUACGAAACCUGGCUUCAUCAACGUCCACCUAGUGCCAAGUAAAUUACAAUAUGACACAAUUUAUUAUCCUUAGCUCGCACCGGAAUUCACAAAGCUGGCGUCCAGUACAUCCUGGACAGCGUCAUCCAAGAAUUACAGGCCAAUCCCGAACGCAGAUUCAUCUACGUGGAAAUGGCUUUCUUCUGGCAGUGGUGGGAGGAGUAGGAUGAAUCGACGUUGGACGUUGUGCGUGAUUUGGUCAGCCAAGGGCGUUUCGAGUUCAUCAACGGCGGCUGGUGCAUGAACGACGAAGCUACAACUCAUUACGUCGACAUUAUCGAUCAAAUGUCUCUAGGCCUCAGCAUCCCUCUUAUGUGUGUGUCCGUCCUUCUUCCUCUACUUGCGCGGGCGCAGCAGUGGGAAAUUUCACCCUCCAACCCAUGGAAAGAAGAAAAGUUGUUCAUAAUUCGAUUACGAGCACACAUAGACGAGAGAGAAAAGAGAACCCCAUUCGAACUUCCCGGCUCCCGACUAUUCUCUUUUAUAUCAUUCUCCCUUCCGAUAGCAACUUAAUGUACCCCCAGCGCUAUACUACUCUCGUAUAGAGCUCAUUUUUAUUUUACUACUCUCUCUCUCUGCGUAAUAUUUUCGUCCCCAUCAUUUCAUAUGUGUGCAGCAUGAAACUCGUCCCCCCCAUCUCGAUUUUUGAUUCUCUAUACUCGGAAAUUUAUCCAAUGGCCCGUCAUGUAACGCCAUGGCGUCACUCCGAUGAUUCAACUCUUUGUCUAAGUCUUUCCUGUGAUACAGCGCGCAUGGAGUACUAUAGUUUCGUCCUGUUGUAAUAAAGGGACCAAUAAAUAUAAGUGUAUAGUGAACUUUACAAAAUUUU